AUGCCGUUCGAGAGAAUCAGCAUAGAACGCUACAGCCCGUUUGUUCAUCAAUUUCAGCCACGAAAAGUCGACGAAGUCGCUCACCAAGCCAUAAAAACCUAUUCAGCUGAAUGGAUGACCAUAAAACCGACGGAUGCAUUUAAUUCCGUGGAACGAAUGUACUUUAAGCAAGAUCUCGUAGAAAACUGUAAGAAAAUGAAAACGACUUUGAGAACAGAAGAAAGCUUUCCUAGGCCUCCGACAAAGUCAGUAACUCUGCAGUCGGUGAAGGAAAUGAGCCCUAGAAUGAAGAUUUCUUGGGAUAGACCGAAGCUUUUAUACUCCCUUAUUGCCCCGCCAAAGCUCAAAACAGAAGCAGAAGAAUAUGAGUCGCGAGAGAUUCCAUCUGUGCCGGAGAAAUGCCUCAAAAUGCCCCUGACCUUCAUCCUCAGAAUCAACCAUCUGAAGUGGGAGGUCAAGAACUUUGAACGACUCUUCGGAUCGAUCUCGAUUUACGACAUGAAGGAGAAGAGAAAAGUGACGGAAAACUUCAACUUCGAAUUUACAGCGGCGGACAAGAUAUUUCCCGUUUUCAAUUUGGAAGAAAACAAAGACGAAUACGUCAUACUGUUGAAGAUCGAAAAGUGCUUCCAAAGUGACCAAUACGAUCCAAUAGAAGCUUAUCAGAAGGAUGUUCCAGAAGCAAAGAGGGAGAAGAUUCGCCUCGCCGCGAAAAACAACGAGUCCUUGCUGAGCCAAUAUCGAAUGCAAUUUGCGUGGACAUUCGUGGCUUUCGCAGGACUGAAGCGGCGGAAGUUCACUCAUCAUUCUUCAGAGAAUCGAAGGAGAAGCAAUGAAAGUGAAACGUAUUCCGUGUUUUCCGACUCGGAUCGAACAAGCAACAGCUCGUUUAGCAUUGAAGAUGAAUCCUCGGGUGCUGGCAGUGAGUUCAUCCCGCCUAAUGGAGCUAUCGAUUUCUCCAUCAAGCAGGUGUACAAGACUGACAACGAAAAGCUCUCCGAUGAGCAGAUUUGCUGGCACAUCGUCGACGUCUGCAAAAACCCACAAAAAUAUAAGCAAAGAACCGUCAACUGCGAGUUUUCCAUCUCGCUCAUGUCCCCCGUCGACCUUCACAAUAUCCGCAGCGACGAUGGUCAAAAACUCAAACCCUGGCGAAACGACAUCCCGCAAACUAUCGGACAAAUGGUUCGCGAAUUCCCAGUAGAAAAUCGAGUGCCAAGACCUCUUGUCACUUAUCGAAACGUCCUCUACAUCUUCCCGACCUCUGUGAACUUUUCAAAUCAUCAACGAGCGCGUAAUAUCGCCGUGCAAAUUGAAAUCAGAAACGAGUUCGAAACUUUGCCGGCGAUUUUUGGCGAAGACGGAAUCAUGAAAUCACACCAUGUCUCGAGCGUCGCCUAUCAUCGCAGCCAUCCGACCUUUCUCGACGAAAUCAAGGUCGAAGUUCCUUCAAAUCUAACUCCUGACCACCAUCUUUACUUUACCUUCUUCCACAUUUCCGUCAAAGAAGGCCGACAACUCCCCGUCGGUUUCAGUUGGCUCCCACUGAUGAAUGCUAAUCAACACCUGAUGAAUCAACAGGCUAAUUUACCCGUCUGCUCUCACCCACCACCAAGUGGCUAUGGAAGAAUCAGCCCCGAUGCAAAUUUGCCCGGCGUCAAAUGGCUUGAAAACAGGAAAUCUCUUUUCAAAGUAAACGUCUUGAUCGAUUCAAACGUCCAUAUUGAAGACAGAAAUGUGCAUUACUUUCUCAAAUGCGUUUUGGCUGCAGAAAAGCUUGAAGCUGAAGACACAUUUACGACCGUUGCGGGGAGGAGAAUGCCAGUCGAGCAGCUUCAUGAAGAUCUUCUGUGCUCAAUUCGAUCGCUAGCGCAAAAUUCUGCUAUGAGCUCGGUCAUUAAACAUUUGCACACAGUUUUCAAUCGAAUAGUCUGGCUCAUCGUAAAUCCACCUUUGACGGAGCGAAUUGUUAUUGCUCAAGCAGCCUUCAACACUCUUGUUUCUCUCGUCUCAAGAAUUCAUGAAGAUCAUUCGUUGAAGAGGGACGCCCAUGGGCGAAAUCGCUAUUUGGAGCAAUACGUUUACUUUGUCCUGCGAGAAGGAAUAAUGGACGAAAGCUCAUACGAUCAAAAUGUCCCAACUUUAGGGCGAAAAGACUGGAUUCGCCACACAAUGAAAUCGAAAAAUACCAGUUCCAAGCCAAGUGGUGCAUCAAUCAACCGCCAUUCCAGCUAUUCCGAAACUUUAGGACUUUCCAGGAUGAAUCCAUCCGCUUCAAAUCCUGAUUUGACCCCGAAGAAAAAAUCGACGAUGAAAACAUCCCCAUCGACGAUGAAUCCUUCUAAAGAUGAGAUAAAACGACCGUUGUUCGAAGAACUCGCUUUUCAAAUGGUCGUUUGCUCGAAUUCCUCGAAGGAAAAAGUGCUUGAAAAUGUCUGGUUCUUUUUGGAAUUCAUCACUAAAUCGGCUACUGAGCAUAAAUUACAGCUCUCCAGCGAGAAGGGUAAAUCGAACACAAUUUCUGAACGCUUUUUCGAUUAUCUGAAAAGCAUCGUGACAUGGAUCACUCAAGAAAUCGCCAAAAGAAGUGGCAAUAGAUUUGAAGAUGCGCGCCGAAUGAACUCUUCGUUCGGAUUCUUUAUCCGAGAUUUAGUCGAAAUUCUCAGCAAGGAACAACUCUUUGACCUGAUCAAACAAUACAACGAUAUAACUAAAGACGUCUCCAGAGGAUCUGUAGGAGACGAUCAGCAGACGCAUUCAAUGAACAUUCUCCGUGCUCGAUUCUUCCGUCUCAUCGUCUUCCACGGAUCGUAUUUUGAACUGAUCGACGAGAAAAAAGCUUCAAUAGAUUAUCUCGGGGAAGAUCCUCUUUCGCAAAUCAUGUCUGAUGUUAUCAAGAUUAUGAGUACCAAGAGUCCUUUGGACGUACAUGGACUAAAUUACAAUUUAUGCUCGCUCAUGAAGAUUCAAUCGGCCAUUGACGCGGAUAAUCGUUACGAUGACAUGAGCGAAGAAAUAGCUCGCCUUUUCCUUCCUUUUGUCAAAUCAACUCUUCACAGGAUACAUUUAUUCACAGACGAUACGAAAGAAAAGCAUCAAUAUAAGAUGCCUGUCACGUCUGCGCAGAUCCUCUUAGUAGUAAAUUUGUGGGUGAUUCGAAAGAUCUGCAACAGCAAAGCGACAUUUCCAUAUUUCAUCAACGCAAUGGACAAAAAAGACCUCAUUCUGUUCAACCAAAUGCUUUUGUCCAUCACGACACUCCUGAAAUAUUCACCUGAAGCCGUUCUUGAUAGGAAACGAAACCCAUCGAAUUCGAAGAAAAACAUCGACCAACUGGAUCUGAUGAAUAAAGGCGCUGGAUCAGCUGUAAAUUUACUGAAGCAGAAAUCAGCGUCGCUAGGAAGAUCUCCUGAUCAGGCUCCUGAAAGUAGUUUCAGAUCGUGGAAACAAAUAAAAACUCGUGGAUUGACAGCCACUUCGGGUUCUGGAAGAGCAUCUGCAUCGUCCAUUUUCGACAUCGAUAAGACGCACCAAGGAAUUAUUCUUGAUCUGGAUAGCUCGACCGAGAUAUUCCAGUCCGUCAUUGACAUUCUCGAACAAAUCUACGAACUGAAAGAAAAAGACGAUGGCGAUUACUGGCACCGUUCCUAUUGCCAAGUCAUGAUUCAUAUCUUGACUUGUGACGGGACAGCUAUCUGUUCAUUGACUCGACUUAUGAAGGUUUUGCGAAAUCAGAUGCCAAAGUUCCUCCCCUGUCUUAUUUACACUCCGUUACUUUCCGCCAUGUGUAUCAAAAUCGCAAAUUUACUGAGCUCUGGCAACUUGGAGGUCUCAAAAUCAGCUCAAUUGACGAUGAUGAAAGUACUUUCCGAUCAUUAUGUCCGAUUUUCAACCCUCUCCUUGCCUGCUUACUGGAUCAACGUCGGAGUUUGUAAUCUUCUCGGGCUGAGAAGGUAUCAGAGCUUUUCUGAACUGAGAACCGUCAAUUGUGGCAAUUUGUAUUUCCAUUUGAAAGAGCUGUCGUCUUUCGGAUACUCGCAAAACGAUUCACCCGAGUUUCGUCAACACUACGUCGAGUUUACUGAAAGAAUCUUGAGUCUGGUAGAAGCUGUCGACAAUUUCAUCGAUUUGAACUCGAAGAACAUCUCUUCAAAUUUCACUUUGAUGCAAAUCGCAGAUUUACUCGCCUAUUGCCCGCUAUCAAGGAUUGAUGCGCUCACUGCUCUAGCCGAGGAACAAAAAGAAACCCAUCCAGUUGAAGCAGGAUUUUGCCACCUUCACAAAGCUGCAAUCAUUUUAGAAAUCAUCCGGUACGCUCCAUCACCGGAUAGUGACAAUCUUCCUAAAUCAGCAGCUCUCUUUUCACGAGAUCUUGGCUUGAGGAGUUUAGAAAGCGAAGCAUUUGUUUCGGACUGGAUCAAUAGAACUCUCGAUUCCGCCGUGACUGAGCCUGCUAAACUCCGCUUGUCGGUCGGUCACGUUACCGCAGUUAUGUUUGCGCAAGAGAGAGAUACAAGAGUUUCACUAGACGGAUUCAAGCAGUCCUUGGAGGCUGCUGCAAAAAGCUUCUCGAAGGGAAAGAUUUCCGAGAUAUCCAUUCGUUGUUACCAGACUCUGUUGAAUCUUCUUUCGGGGGAUGUAAAUUCCAUGAGAAAUGUCACAGAAAAGCUUCUUCAAGCACAGCAAGAAGCAAUCGAACAAGACGAUCGCUACGGUGAUGAACGAUUCGGUUGCUAUUUCAAAGUGCAUUACCGAGGACCGGCCUUUCCUGUCACUCUCGCGAAUAAAGAUUUCAUCAUUCGAGAGCCCAUGGCUUCAAAAUUAUCGGAAGUCUCAGAUCGUGUUCGAAAAUCAGCUUCCGCUCUUAUUGGAGAGGAUGUAGAACUCGUUAUGGAAAGCGUUUCGCCAACUGGAAACAGUAAUUCGGUGCAGGUAACCUUUCUAAAGGUUCAUAGAAGAGAAUGGCAGAAACCAUUCAAGAACUGGCAAGAUUUCGUUAAUUUAACGAAUUUCGUCUACGCAACUCCGUUUACUGCGUCUGGGGAAGCUCAUGGAGAUGUAAAGGUUCAAUACAAACGUAAAACAUUCCUACAAGUCAGAACACGGAUGCCUUACAUUCUUGGACAAGCAGAAGUCAAGAGAAGCUGGACAGAGGAGCUCAAUCCCUUGCAAGUUGCAAAAGAGGAUAUCACCACAAAGACUUUGGCGUUGUAUGACUCGCUUAAAUCUGACGAUACGAGGAUCAUACAACUGCAAUUACAGGGAUCUAUUCAAGCGACGGUCAAUCAGGGCCCUUUGCACCUCGCGAGAGAGCUUCUCGGUCAAAAACCAGUCACCGAACAAGAAAUACUCGACUGGGAAGACCUCCGUGAUGCUUUUAUCGACUUCAUGCAUGUCUGCCGCUGUGCCAUUUCCAGAAACAAAGAACUAAUGAUCAAUUCUCGCUCAGAAUAUCACCUCAACUUAGAACAGAAUUUUGCCCAAAUCCAAAAGGAUAUUCGGCCUCUAUUAUUAACCUAA